UCAGACAGCUUUUUGGUGUUGAAAAUCCAGAGCGUUCAUUUACACUGGGCAGUACACAAGGCGCAGGUGUUUUGUCGAAAUCAUUUUAAUAAAUCAGUUUUUUUCUCAAUUUCUUUGAGCGAGAGACGUGAAAUCCCACUGAGAAUUAUGUCAAGACAAGGUGGUCGAUCUGCUGACCCAAGAAAAGUGAGCCAAGAGCUGUUUACCCUGACGUAUGGAUCUCUAGUCUCACAGCUUGUCAAAGAUUAUGAAAGCGAUGAAGAAGUCAACAAACAACUGGACAAAAUGGGCUAUAACAUCGGUAUUCGUCUCGUGGAAGAUUUCUUAGCUCGCUCGGGGGAAAGAAGAUGCAACGACUUCAGGGAAACGGCAGAUAUUAUAGCAAAGUCCGGUUUCAAAAUGUUUCUUGGAAUCACCCCCACUGUUGCCAAUUGGAGUGCAGCAGGGGACGAGUUCUCGCUCAUAUUCGACAACAACCCUCUGACAGACUUUGUGGAACUCCCAGAAGAACACAGUCAACUCAACUAUUCCAAUAUCUUGUGUGGAGUCAUCAGGGGAGCUUUGGAAACAGUACAGAUGGAUGUCAAUGUUCGGUUUGUACAAGACCUCCUGAAAGGUGACAACCAAACAGAGCUGAAAGUGAAAUUCAUUAAGCGAUUAGAGGACGCGGUACCUGCUGGGGAGGAGUGAGGCAACUAUCGAUGUUUAAAUUAUUGAUAUGUAAAUAUAAAUAUAUCAGGUGUAUCAGUGAUUUUGACGUCCACUAUUUGCACAAAUACAAUAUUGGAUUCUAAGGGCGACUGAUUCGCAAAAGAAGACUGCAUUGUUACUUUGUCACUUUGAGUCAGUUUUGCUAGAAGUGUGUGCUGCGUGCAUGAGUUGUGCUACGUGCAUGUGAAGGACCACUAAUUUGUGUUGCUAAUAUACUUCUUACCACCAAAGGUAUAGGUCUCAAAGCCCCUCGCAAUUAUUACCCAUGUUUGUCAGGCCAGUUUCCUGCAGCUGAGAUCAGCGCAAUCUGGUCUCGCCCCUCACAGGUACCCACUUAUACUCCUGGGUGGAGAGAGAGAGAGGCAAUUGCAGUAAAGUGUCUUGCCCAAGGACACAAGCGCCAUGUUCCCAUCAGGAUUCGAACCCAUGUACCAUAAUGGCACACUAGUCAAACACCGUAACCAUUUGACCACACUACUCUGAAACUGAAACCCACAUUUUAUGGAGUUCCAGAAUGUACCUAAUGCUGUUUAAUUAUGACAAUUAGGCCAAGUAACAAAAUAAACCAGUUUCUCGUCCCCGUCCGCUUCCUUUUUUCUUGACCGCCUCCUUUUUUCUUCUAUUUUGAAAAUGUAUACAUUUGCAUUAUAUUUUGCACAAAUAAUGUCCAUAAUUUGUCUCAUUAUUAGUUUGCAACAAAAUUGUAGCUCUGUAAAAAGGGUUAUGGCCCCUUUAGGCACAAUUUAAUAUCAGCAAAAUAGAUGAGAAAAUUUGAGGAAUCCUCCACCAUCUUGAAAAAAAUCCGCCAUCUUGUGGGGGGGGGGGGGGAGGGGGAAGGGAAAAAAAAGUGCCCUCCUCCAUUUUUCCAAAUGACUGGAUGUGAAACUAGUAUUUUUUUUACUUGGCUUAAGUGGUUGAACCUCAUUGGAGGUUUUUAAAUUUAAUGUUUUGUGGUUUGCUAUGUUAUGGUGCAGUCCAGCACAAUAUUCCUAGCAGGACAUGUGACAGAGGGGUACCCCCUAAUCUCCCUAUACCCUAUACACACCCUGGACUAUUGUUACCUAUAAAUACAUCCCCCUAGAUAUCUCAAAAGAAAUUCCUGAGAUUCUGGUAACACAAUGACCAACACAAAAGAGGAGGGUCCCUCUGUCUCAUAUCGUGCCAAUGUGCAGCGCAAGUCAUCCAAAUAAACUGACAAAAGUACAUGUGUAUUCCUUUGUCAAUGUUCAUCCACAAUUACUUGUGACUUGUGAUGGACUGGAACUAAAACACUAAAGACAUCAUAUUAUACAAAUAUGUCCAUUGAAUAUAAGUAAAUGUGUACAUGUUUUUUCAUAGUUAUUUUUCAGUGGAAUCCCCAGUUGUGUUUAAACCCUUUUGUUUAUUGCAUUAAAACUGGUUAAACUUCCUUUGUCCCGCAUUCCCCGUUUAUAAUCACAUCAAGAGCAAACCCAGAAACUGAAACCUGUCAAUAAUAAUUGUGAUUUGUGAACCUUUCCAAAUUAUUUCAGUCCCGAAAGUUGACUUUCAAGAUUGAAUUCCUAGAAUGUUGAAUUAGUUAAUUUUAUUUUCAAUCCCCAUUGUCUCUAUAACACGAAUACAUGAAAGAGUUUGAGAAUGUUUUGCGUACAUUUAAUGAGGAAUCCUCUUAUUAAAUUCUUUGAUGUUGUCUUUUUCUGCCAAGUGAAUGUUUGUUCAUUGAGCAGUGUUGCAAAUCGAUGUUAUGUCAGUAAAUAAUGUGUUUUUAUCCAACAAAACGUAUCCAGUUUUGUUGGUAGUUGAAAUGGGUUAUGUAAAUAAAUUUAUGUUACAAUCGUGUCUUU